UGCCUUCAAUGUUAAUUGGAAGUAUCUGGUAUUGCAUAUGGCGUGGCUGGAUCUUUAUACAGGAAAAUUUACGAAUGCGAGUUUUUAGAGGAAGAACCUGCGAGGUCAAGAUAAGUAAAUACUACUACGGUCAAUUAUGUGAGAAAAUCUGGACCUAUGGUCGUGAUAUUGAAGUUCUAGAGAGAGAAUUGAAACAAGCUUCAGAGACCGGUCGUUUCCUCAGCGAAUAUGAUAAUGGGAUAAUCGUUUUCAAAUCAAUUUCAAGAUGGAGAAUGAUUCGAAACAGAAUCACUAACAAUCGAUACAUGAGAGCGUCAGUUGGAUUACGUGUAAUCGGGAGGCGAAUAGGCAUUACAAACAAUGUUCAAACAAUCCAGCUUAAAGGCUUGUUGCCAUCUGAAAAACAAGCGUAUGUCAGUCUUCUCAGGAAAGAAGCGAAAGGCAUUACUAAUAUGACUCUUCGUCUCGGCUAUCAACACGGUCGACCACUAGAUAUUUCGCUUGAUGAAAGUAAUCUCUAUCGGUACUUUCAACCAACAUACCAGAAUGAUCCUUAA